AGACCAGAACGUUUUUGGAAGAAGUCCUAAAUCACAAGCAACGCGACAAUAAAUUGCGGGAUUCCCAACGCUCUCUCCGCGGACUUCCCGAUCCAACCUCCCAACCCGGCGGCGAAUCCGCUCCGGCGAGCUCGCCUUCGGUUUCCCAAGCCCCGCCCCGCCGCCUCCUCCCCCGCCCCCAAAUCGCAUUGCGGGUUUUAAGUUCCCGCUUCGUUUCGCCCCCCAACUCUUUCGUCUGCGUUAUUGGAGCCGGGGAUUGGGUUGAUAAGGGUUGGAUUUCUCUGGAUCGGCUAGGACUCGUGCCCGAUCGGAGCGCGGCGUCUCGGGGCAAGGGUAGCCUGCUGCGGCUUCCUCCUGAGAGGAGCAGAAUGGACGGGGAAAGGUUCGGGGUGGGUGGCCUCUUGGGUUCUUCGCCCGCGCCCUACCCCUCCAGCGCCAUGGACAACCCCAAUCCGAAUCAGUUCUUUUUCGAUGCCAAGUCCGCGCCGCUGCAGCUGUUCGGAAGCAGCACAGUUCCCGCGGUUGGCCCUGCUGGUCACUGUAAUCACACCGGAAACAACCACCUUUCUGUUAUGAACCAAGCAAGAAAUACAAACAUUGAUAGAGGGGAUGAAAAACAGCUCAAGCUUCAGAUGUCCUUGAACAACUAUCAUCAAGAGAAAGCUGAUCGGUUAGCACAAGUUGGCAAUCCAAGUGCUGUAUCAACUGGUCUAAGGCUGUCCUAUGAGGACGAUGAGCGCAAUUCUUCAAUCACAUCUGGUAGUGGAAGCAUCUCCUCAUUGCCUACCACGUUGUCUUUUGUUGAUGAUCUUAAGUCUGAAAUGGACAAAGAAAACAAAGAGAUUAGCUAUUACUUGAGACAUCAGGCGGAACAAAUUGGUAAGCAAAUGAAUGAGGUGAGUCAGAGGCGGCUGAUUUCAUUUCUGGCAAAUCUCGAACGAGCAGUAGGAAAGCAGCUGAGGGAGAAGGAACUCGAGGCGGAGGCCAUGAACAGGAGGAGCAAGGAACUGAACGAGCAGAUCAGACAUGUUGCCAUGGAAGUCCAGUCAUGGCAGUCGGCAGCGCUGUACAACCAGUCAGUCGCCAACAGCCUGAAGAGCAGGCUCGUUCAAGUGGUAGCACAGAGUACCAACCUCACCAGAGAAGGCUCUGGUGAUAGCGAAGAGGGGAACACAGCUUCCAGUCAGAACGCCAAUGCUGCAGCCGGAGGCUUCUUCCAAUCGAGCGUCCUUGGAAGCAGGGGCACAACCGUUGGGCUGGGGGCUUGCAGGUUGUGCGGGGGGAGGGAGUCAUCGGUGCUGGUGAUGCCGUGCCGCCACCUUUGUUUGUGUGUUGAUUGCGAGAGGAAUGCUGAUGUGUGCCCUGUCUGCCGGUUUCCGAUGAGUGGCAGUGUUGAGAUCAACAUGUCCUAACAACAAUCAUAUGUACAUUAAAGUGGACAGGCAGUAUACUCAGUAACUUCACCCUCUCCCUCCUCUCCUUCUCUAGAUAGUAAGCAUCCUAUUCCAACAGUGGUGUACAUGUUAGCAUGUUCUUCUUGAGAAGUUCUGGACUAAACCCAGCUGUAAAGUCACCUCACCCGUUUGUGGUUUCAGAAGCUAAAGGAAAUCAGGUUUGCA